AUGUGGGAAAGGUGGGUGACCGAGUAAAAGGCUUUGCCACUAGGGUCAUGUAAUGGUUUAGUAUUUGUAUACGCCCUCGUUAACGUCUCCCUGAAAAGCUCGAGGCCGUUUCUCUGGAAGCCCCCACCAUCGUCUCCUCUCUCUCUCUCUCUCUCUCUCUAAAAUCAUCAACCAGGCAUUGCAUUCAGGCUUGUCCUUGCGCUAUAGAUCUUGUCAUCUUCAAAAUGGAAAAUGGGCAAAAUAUGAAUGCUUUGAGAAUGCAAGAUGGUUUUAUUACGAAUCCUUUUGAUCAAAGAGCCUUCUCAAAAAGUGAUGCUGACCUAAUGGUCCGUCGCUUGAAGAACCGAGAACGACAACGUAGAUACAGGGCAAGAAAACGUCUCGAGGCAGAUGCAAAAAGAUCUUGUAUUGUAAAUCAAUCAACAGCACUGCAAGCAGAAAUGGGACAGAGUGGAAUGCUUAACAAUCGCAUUACCCGAGUUCAUUGUGUACGAAAUUGGAAGAAAGAUGCUAGAAGGGCUCAUGCGUCUAAGAAACAUGAAGGAGCAUCUAGGGGCCCUCUCAUCAUACCUGCCCUGACCUUAGCCAGUGAAAGCCUGACACCCUGUUUGCCCUCGGGAACUCUGACAGACCCAACUUUAGAAUGUAGAGUUCAUUCUGAAAGUUCUCCUAGCCUGGUCAAUUGUGAAACAGAUAGAGUUACACUUAGCCGAAGAGACUGGAAAGCAGAUGCAAGAAAGAAGAAAAACUGAAGUAGUUAAUAUCUAGUUGUUUUAGUAGGGGUUGCUGAUAUUCAAUGAGGACACAGCAGACAAUUCGAACCGUGGGACAUCUUGAAAUGUCACAAUUUUCAUUUGCUCUAUGACUAUUUUAGCCUUUCAGUUGUGGAUGCCAAUUAGUCUUCAAAGAAUAUGGCCAUCACUUGCUGGAUCGGUUGGAGGAAGAGUUACAAGUCAAAAGACAGUCUCAGCCUUGAAAUUGACUUGAAUUUUCUGGUCAGGUUAGUGGUUAAGACUAGUACACGUAGGAUAUGGGACCAGUUGAAAGUGCUAGUUGAAACUUGUUAAAAAUCAAUUCGUCUGUGUUACACGUUCCACUUUCCACUUUCCAAUUCACACUUGGCUGCCCUUGUAUGUGUAUAGUAUCAAAAUAUCAAGUUGUAUGUUUAUUAUAUUUAUCUUUUUUUUUAUCAUCACGUCGUUUUGUAAUGUUGAAUCCUUAACUUUCUAUUUUACCUUUUACUUUCCUAUAAAUAUGAUCUUAGCCAAAA